AAAGCAAAAAUACAGUGUAAAUUUAAACAUACAGAUGCACUUUUAAAUAUCUCUGGCUUCCUAUUAUCAAGAGUCACAGGCACAGGUGGUGUUGCUAUGUUCUAUCUACACUCAUUUUUCAGCACUUCUAUCGUUAGUCUGACCUACAUAUUAACGUUUUGAGCAAACUGAACUAACUUCUUGUGUGUUCAGGUUACUAGUGAUAACUGUAAGACUCAACACCUGAAAGCAUGAUGGAUUAUUUGCUAGUAGGAAAUUUACAUCUAAAUAAUAACACUUAGAAGCAUGUGACUUCCUCUGAGCCACCCCCUACUCUCCUGUGAUACCGUGUUCAACAUAGGCUUUAGAAGCUUUUAAGACUGGAUUUCUGAAAGUUUAUUAUAAUGUCUUUAUGAAUUUUUCUCCUCUAUUAAUACAUGGCUAUGUUAGUUUGUUUGCAAAAGGCUUUAAUCACAUGUGAAAAACAGGUGAAAAGUAGUAUUGUGUAUCCAAAGUAGUUUGUAAAAUACACGUAUAUGUGACCUGUCUUCUCCUAUAGUUGCAGGCCACAUCCAGUUGGACAGCAGACCUACAUUAACCACUACAGAUGGAAAUCAGAACAUCACAGAAGUAGAUGCACUUGAUACAAGACGAACAUUUGAUCCUGCAAUGCAAUACAAAAUGAACCAUCAAAGAAGAGGAAUUGCAUUAAUCUUCAAUCAUGAGCACUUCUUUUGGCAUUUAAGGCUGACAGACAGACGUGGGACUCUUGCAGACAGAAACAAUCUGAAACGCAGUUUGACAGACCUUGGAUUUGAAGUCAGACAUUUUGAUGAUCUGAAAGCAGAAGAUGUGCUGCAGAAAAUUUAUGAAGCCUCUAAGGAUGACCACAGUAACGCUGACUGCUUUGUUUGUGUGUUCCUGAGUCACGGUGAGAAUGAUCAUGUUUAUGCAUAUGAUGCUCAGAUCAAAAUUGAGGCAAUCACAGACAUGUUCAGAGGAGACAAAUGCCAGAGUCUGGUAGGAAAACCGAAGAUAUUUAUCAUUCAGGCAUGUCGAGGUGAUAAACAUGAUGAUCCGGUUAUUGCUCAGGAUUCAAUAGACAGUAGCAAUGAAUCCAUUGUCAAUGAGACUGAAGUGGAUGCAGCUGGUGUCUAUACUCUGCCUGCUGGCGCAGACUUUAUCAUGUGCUACUCUGUGGCGCAAGGUUACUUUUCUCAUCGUGAAACUGUAAAUGGCUCCUGGUACAUUCAAGAUUUGUGUGAGACACUUGGAAAGCAUGGCUCUUCCUUGGAGUUCACGGAGCUUCUUACUGUUGUUAACAGGAAAGUAUCUCAUCGCAAAGUGGAUAUAUGCAGAGACAUUAAUGCUAUAGGAAAAAAACAGAUUCCUUGUUUUGCCUCAAUGUUAACUAAAAAAUUGUAUUUUCACCCAAAAUCUAAGUAAAUUAUUACUUAACAAUGACAACCAGUAACUAGUACUCACUGCAGAAGUGAAAAAUACACCAUCUUAAUUUAGGAGAUUAAUAUUCUACAAGAUUAUUUGCAAAAACACUGACAUCAAACGUUAUCGUUUGUAUACAUAAUCUUAACGCAAUUUUAAAGUUAGUAUUACAGCUCUGUUCAUCUCAGGGAAUUUCGGGAAAAUUGACUGGUGCAAAACUACUAAGAGGUGCUCAGAUUUUAUUGAAACUGGUACAAUGGGUUACUUUUUUUCUUAAAAGAUUUUUGCUUGAUUACUAUCUAACCAUGGCACAUUUUACUAUUUCCAAAAUAUUUCAAAUGUUGCAUUAGAUUGGCUUGUUUUACUUCAAGAGCACAGUUUACAGGGAGUAUGUUUGUAGGGCAUCUUUUAUCUGUGGACAGCAGGAUCCACCUUCCAGUUUUUGAGGAUUUAUUGAGUUUUUUAGACAUUUUAAAAAUUUUCUCUCAACACUAAAAAGGAACUUAAUUAGCAUUAAUAUAGAUAAAGGGCUUCUUUCUGCUUACAUAUCAUUUAUGUUUGGGGCACAAUUACAGCUUGCUGGUGUUUUGCAUUCUUGGGAGAAAAGCAAGCAGUAAUGAAAUGAGUCCACGUACAGCUUGCUGACUUUGGGUAGGCUCGCCUUGUACACAUCUCUAAAGCUAAAGCAAAUCAUUUCAAGGUGCUAGACUCACAACUGCUGUACAUCUCUAGGCAGCUCUGCAAAAUACAAAAUAUGCAAACCUUCGUACUUCAGGCCUCGGUGCUGGAUCAGCCUCUUCCUCUCCUCGGCCCUAGGGGAGAUCAGCCAUCAUACUCUGUCAUUGUGUACAUAAAAGUGAUAGUGCAUUUGUCACCACAGGACAUUUCACCAUGGGACUGUUAUUACUCCGGCAGAAGCAAACAUUUAUUUUUUACAUUAUUGAUACAUGUGCUGAAGGACAAUGGAGAACUCAGACUGACAGAAGUGUCUUAAUCCACCUUCCUGGGUAUAAAAUAAUUGUUUUACUCCUGCUUUAGUUAAAUCUUUCCAUAUACUAUGUUCUGAAUCACAGAUACUAAGUCUUACUGUGGCUUACUUUUAAGCUUUGUAUAAUCAUGUAUGUUUGAAUGUUUUGAUAAAUUCUUUCAAUAAAAUGCAACACAAACAUAAAUGAUUUUAUAGUAAAUAAGUUUGAUAUAUCUUACUUUUCCAGCAAUAUUUACUAAAAAAACUUACUUGAGAUGUAAGUCUAACCUCCACCAGUGGUGUUAUACCAGCAGAGUCAAUGCAUAGAGAUAGGAAAAAGGAAACUAAUUUCAGGAAAAAAAAUUCUUAAUUUGCAAUGCAGAAGUUAAUCUAUGAGCUACUGUUGUGCUAUAGUAAAUGGUACUAAAAAGACAGCCCUUGUUCUAUAAAACAUGCCUGUCAUUUUACUAGCAGGCAGAAUGCCUCCAUU